CUGAGUUUGGGCACAGCCAACGCGUGUGUGCCCAGGGGCUUCAGCCUGGAGGUGAUCCCAUUAACACCGACAGAACGGCAUCAGCUGCACCUGGAGGAGCUUCGGAUGGUAAUACCCCAUGCCGCUGAAAGAACCAGGGAAAAGCCCACUUCCCCCAACAUCCCAGAGUUUCAGUGACCUUUUAAAAGCUCCCCAUGAAGUGCCACCUUCUGGGUGCCACAAGAAGUGGAUCAAAGAGACUGAUUCAGCUUAUGUGAGGCUGGCAAAGCAAGGAGGCCAACCUGACCUACUGAAGCACGACACUCCUGUGGUAACGAAGUCCCCUUCAGCAGCAUAUGCUGCACCUGACUGGUACUUACACCACACCAGUCCCCCAGCGAUGGAUGAGCCAAGGAGCUCUGCUUCCUCUCUACCAGAAUAUAUGAUUCACAGAGAGUUUAAGGCUGAUGACCAUCAUGGUAACAGUUAUGAGGCAAGAAGAGGACCUUCUGAUUUUGAUACGAAAAGUGUUUGGCAGCGGGAUGCUGAGGGCAGAGAAAAUGCAGAGAAAAAGAAGAUGAAGCUCCCAGCUAUAAACCCUGAAUAUCCAAGCAGAAUGCCGAAUGUUUCUACAAUCAAGGAGUUUAAUGGGGCAAAUAAGCUUUCCUUCCCACCUGUGCCUGCUCAGAGAAAAAUUGAAGCAGUAAACUUCAGCAAAUUAAUUAGCAAUGGUUAUGGGACUGACUGGUUUCAGCAGUGUACUAGAUGGGAAAAAAAGAUUCAAGAACCAUCAGAAAAUAGUGACCAGCCCAAAGAACCUCUCCCUCCAGAUUCAGAGCCAUCUCAGUCUGAACAACCACCAGCAAGCAGGUUAAAGCCACCAUUUCAGGCAUGUAAUAAGUAAUUUAAAAGACUGUUAGAGAAAGCAAACUCUUGUAUGGCCUAUGUAGUGCACUAUUUAUGUGUCUGUUAGAUUACUUUUGUGGUUGAGAAGUUAAUUUGGUUUAUGAAAUGGAUGAACUUCAUUGUGCUUGAUUACAGCAAAUUUUAAAGACCAAGCAACAGCUGUUAGUGCUUAUUCCUAGACUUUUGUUAACAUAAUAAACAAAGCAGAACCGAAUUUUUCUCCUACACAACUCGUUCUGCUUUGCUGUUGUCAAAUAAGAUUACCAUAUUGCUGCUGACUUGAAUAUACACAGGUGUGCUAUCAGUGUUUACAAAUCAACAAGUUUCUUUAGUAUACUCAUGACUUAUGCCACAAAGAAAGGUGAAGGGCAACUGUGUGGUAUGGGAUGAAAUGUAAGUAGAAAGAAUUGAACUGGUAUGGAUACUUGCAGAAAAAAAAUUCAAGCCUUCAUUGGAAGGUUUCUUCCAAUGCUUCUUAAUCCCAAAAAUGCAUUUGUUUCGUCCAGAUAUUCAGCUUUCUAGGACAAUUCUAUUGCUAUGCCUGCUGCAGAAGAACUAGUUGAUCAUUGUUUUCAAACACAUAAUUAAGACCUGGUGGCAUUUUCUGUUAUAGUCUUGUUAUACAGAAGCUGAAUCAUUGGUUAACAGUGAUGUGGAUUCAGCUAUAUAUGGUGUCUGCACUUUCAGCUGUUAAAUAAAAAAAAAUAUUUAUCCUGAAGUCUUGACUGCAACAAAAACAUUUUAUGCUAGAUCUCCUUGUUUAUUCACAUGAGUAAACAUUUGUACUUUGAAAUAGCAAUGUAUAGUAGUUGUA